AUGCGGCGCAACGUGAAGAGGCGGCGGCGCCGGCCCCCGGCCGCCCCGGCCGCGGCCGCCCGGUGCGGCGGCCCGAGGGCGGGAGGCGGGGUGGCGCUGGAGGCGCGGGAGGAGAAGGUGGUGUACUCGCGAUCGCAACUGUCGCUGGCCGACAGCACCAAGGCGCUGGGCGACGCCUUCAAGCUGUUCAUGCCCCGCAGCACGGAGUUCAUGAGCUCGGACGCGGAGCUCUGGAGCUUCCUCUGCAGCCUCAAGCACCAGUUCUCCCCGCACAUCCUGCGCAGCAAGGACGUCUACGGCUACUCCUCCUGCCGGGCCCUGGUGCCCGACCCGCCAGUGCCGCCCGCCGCCCGCGGCCCGCCGCGCGCAGCGGCCAGGAGGAGGCGCCGCGGAGCCCGGGCGGCCGCCGCCGGGAGGAGGAAGCCGCCGCUGCCGCCGCCGCCGCCGCCCCCGCCGCCGCCGCCGCCGCCGCCCGCCGCUGAGGAGACCGCGCCCGCCAAGCCCGCGGCGGCGCCCGGGCCCUGCUUCGGGGGCCGCACGCUGGAGGAGAUCUGGAGGGCGGCCACGCCGACGCUGACCACCUUCCCCACCGUCCGCGUCGGCGGCGACGUGUGGGGCGACCGCAGCCUGGCGGCGGCGCGGCGCCGGGCGCGCCAAGUCCUGCGAGUGAACCUGGAGCCCGUGGUGAGGCUCCGCCGCUUCCCGGUGCCCCGGGCGUGAGGAGCGCUGCCGCGGGCGCCGCCUGCCGGCCCCCGACCCCGGCACGGGGCUCCCGCCGGGACGAGUGGACAAGUGUCAGUCGAGUGUUUACAGAUCCGGCCAGGACCCCGUCCCCUAGUGCACUUUACGCGCGAAGAAGUCGUCACCGGAUGGUGUUCUCUGCCUGCCCUGCGCCCCCGGCUCGCGUCGCCGGGACACCGGGCCUGCGGAGGGGGCGACAGCUGGACCGGCAGGGGAGGCCCCUCUGCUUCCUAACCCCAGACUGAGACGUCUCCAGGACUGUAGGGGCUGAUCCGUUCUCUCCCUUAUGGACUACCUCACUGGUCUGGAAGUCCUACGAAGAAGUCACUCUCUCUCUCUCUCUCUUUUUUUUCCUCCAAAGGAAUUUGAUUUCGUGCUUGUGAAGAAAAAAAAAAAAAGGCUAGAAUUUACUUGCUCUUCAUCGCCCUCCUCCCCUAUUUUUUUUUUUUUUUUGACUGCCACCCCUCUUUCUGGAUCGAACAUGCUUUGUGAUGUUGCACCAGUUUGUGCUCAGGGUGUUCUGAAUCCUCAUUCGUUUCUGAAUUUUUACUGGCUUCCAAAGCUUUGACCAAGGAUGUUUUUAAAAGGUUCAAGCUUAUGACUCUGAGUAGUGCGAGGAUUUGUGUGACUUUAAAUUUCCUGGGCUCAGUGAUCACAAAGAGAUGCAAAGUACAACUGUGUAAACAUUUAUAAAGUGUUUCUUAAAGAUUUUAUACGGAAAGCUAAUGUUUUUAUUUACUGAGCUCCUAAAGAGAAUGGUAGAGUGCUAAAAGUUUUGUUUAGCAAAAGUUGACUUGUUAAAAUUCCUUUUAAUUGAGUAAUAAUAAAAAAAAAACUGAAUUGAAACACCACAUGGCUUGUGAUAAAGAGAAGUGAAUAAAUUGUGAUGAGCCGGAUCUGGUUACAGGACUGACUGGCAUCCGACGGAUGUGAUUUGACCUCAUGUCUUGGUCCAACAUAUAAAUCCAAGAAUCUUAAUUCUGGGAUACUUAAUUUAAAGUGGGAGCUGCGUAAGAGGGGUGACUAUGUGUAAAGAUUGUGAUGAAAACCAUCAACAGAAUACCCAUUACAAGUCUCACAACUGUUAAUGAUCUAGAGGGGGGGCUGGGGGGCAUUUCUUGGUAUCAAGUCACUGGUUGAAGUGAACUUUGGGCAAGAGAGGUCUUUGUUUCCUUGUUGUCAGAUAACAAGAAAUGCCCAGACUAACAUCGCUUAUAUAUACAGCGAUUGGUUGGGUUGACUUUUUUUGUCCUAUGGAUUUGCCUUUAUCAGUUGACUUUUUUUGUCCUAUGGAUUUGCCUUUAUCUGUUGACUUUUUUUGUCCUAUGUGUUUGUGGUUGUUAGGUUUUUGACAGCUGAAGAUACCAGAAUCAAGCAGGCUGAGCCCCACAGAGUACUGACCCUUCUUUACGCUGUUACGGUAGUGUGGAUACCAUGUGGCCCAGUGUGGACUUUUUGAUUAUCCAAGUGCCUUUGGUCAUUGGUGGCAGCAAGACUUAAUAGUUCAUAGCUAGUGGUGCCACAACCAGCUUUUAACUGCAAUACCUAAAGGGUCAAGUAGUAUGUCUGUGCCACUGUUAUUUCAAAUGUAAGAGUUCUGCCAUGGAAUGAUCUAUCCUGGCUGGAACUUGACAUGUGAAAUCCUCAACGCAAAGGUUUAGCUCUGCUUGGCAACUUUUUAGGAGGAUACGCAGAGUUGGAAUUUUGACUCUUGGGUUCCUAGAAUUCACAUGGUGUAGCUUUCUGAAAACGGUUUUUUUUUCCUUGUAGUUUAAUAGUCCAUAAUAGGAGUGUAGUGACUUUAAUUUCAGUGUUCUUUUGUUUAAAAAAUAUAUCUAUAAAUAUAUAUUAUGAGACUUUAUGCCAGUUGCCCAGUAAGCCUCACAGUCUUGCUACUCGAUGCAUUACUGCAAACACUGUCACACGAGUAAAUAAAAAGUGAAUAAUUACUUAGAAGAUGGAGAGUGUUAAAUUAUAUUUGUGUGAUAGAGAGCUUGGACUCUUUCGGUUUGUUAGUUUCCAUUGCCAGUUGUAUUUCAGAUACAUAGGACUUUCUUCCCAAAAAUAUAUUGUUAACUUUUAUAGCUAACUAGCAGCUGGAACAAAAAAAGUAUUUGUACCAUUUCACUAUUGUACAUAGUUUUGUAAUAAUUAAAAAAAAAUCCAAUGGCCAUACUAGAAUGUAAUUUUAACAUAUAGUUUCCCAGAGCAUUUUGAAGUUAGACUCAGCUGAGAGGUUGACUUUGCUCAGCACACGACUGAAACAUAACGAGUGACACCAUGCAUUUAUUUUAACUCAGAGCCUCGACAUACUUUCCACUUUUGCCUUGUUACUUUGUGUGCUUGAGCUCUCGUAAGUGCUUCUUUGGAUUAUUUGGGCUGUUUGAUUUCGGUUGGGAUCUGAUUACUCAUCGUGGAUUCAAUAUGGUUCAUCUGGGCUAUUAAAAAGCUUGCCAUUUCCGGUGUUUGAAAUAAGCUAGAAGAAAUCUUUGUUUUUGCUGAGUUAGUUUUAGCAAGACCUGUGUGACAACUUCAAAAAUGUGAAGAAACAUCUGAUGCAGUUGACUAGUAUUUUACCGGGAAAGGAAGAGUAUUGUACGGGAACUUUGAGCAGAAUGUGAACAGAAACUUGGCACAGAGGCCUCUGCAGUGAGGCAUCCAUUUCCUGUCCUCUCCAGUGAGUCUGUAGCUUAGCUUGGGUGUAGUUUUCUAAAGAAAUCCUGAGACCUUUAUUCUCUCUUGUAUCAUGGCGCAAGUAGAAGGGAGCUAGGAUGGAAUUUAUCACCGGCUGUGUUUUUAUUUAAUGUUUAACUCUUGAGUGCCUGUAUGUGACUGGGCACCUCAAAUAAGAUUCCUUACGUCUUUUAACUCCUCCUUCUUGUCAACCAGCAACUUAUUUUUACAUUUCUAAAACCAGUGACGUGAUUGUUGGGGGGCAGGCUUCAUGUUGAUAGUGCAAAGUGUCACAGUUAGUGGGGUGUAUUUAUUUUGUCUGAGUUUGAGUACUCUACUGGACAAGUGUUAAGCUGGUGGCUGACACUUAUUGAUUUACUAUGUGCAAAUAAUAGUACUAUUUUUCAGAAAACACUUGAAUAAAAAACUCCAAAAAAUAUUGGAAUCCAAAAAUUUUAAGCAAUUUUGAACUCAAAAGUUUUUUGUUGUUGAUUUUUAAUGGAUUGCCACAGCACUCUAUUAAUUGGUGGUUUUUAAUGAACAUAAAUGCCUAAUAUUUACUUUAUUGGUGUGCUUAAAUUUUUUUUGAUAGACUGUUAAUGUCUUAAGUGCGUUAGAAAGCAGUUGUUUAUAAUGGAACUGAAGUGUUUCCCUGGACAGUUUGAUGUGCGUAUGAUUAAAACUUACAAUCUGCUUGUGCUUUCCUUUUUAACUUAUUAACUGUAAAUAAAUUUUAGAGAAUACACAAUGUCUACUUUUCUAAUGUUGCAACUUUUUGAA